AGGCGGUCGGAGGUGGUUGGGGCUGGGUGGGAGGAGAUCCGCUCGCACCCACGAGGAGGGUUGAGCCGCUGCCGCCGUCGUCGUCGCCGCGAGUGCGGAGUCAGGACUGGAACUGCUGCCGCGACGACACCGGGGAUUGUGCCACUAGCCCCCGGGCUUUCUGCCUCGCCGCUUCCCUGGGUCAGCGCGGCCUGCUCCUCCCCGGCCCAUAGCCCCCGCCUCCAUUUCCCGCCCUCUCUGUACCACACACACGGCCCCCCCGAUCAUGGAUCCUGGCAGUGGUGGCGGCGGUGGUGGCGGUGGCGGUGGCGGUGGCGGCGGCGGGAGCAGCAGCAGCAGCGACUCAGCACCGGACUGCUGGGACCAGGCAGACAUGGAAGCCCCCGGGCCGGGCCCGUGCGGCGGCGCCGGCGGUCCCUUGGCGGCGGCGGCCGAGGCCCAGCGUGAGCACCUCAGCGCGGCCUUCAGCCGGCAACUCAACGUCAACGCCAAGCCCUUCGUGCCCAACGUCCACGCCGCCGAGUUCGUGCCGUCCUUCCUGCGGGGCCCGGCCCAGUCGCCGGCACCCCCAGCUGGCGCCGCCGCCAACAACCACGGAGCCGGCAGCGGCGCGGGAGGCCCUUCGGCACCUGUGGAACCUUCUCAAGAGGAACAGUCAUUGUUGUGUGAAGGUUCAAAUUCAGCUGUUAGCAUGGAACUUUCAGAACCUGUUGUAGAAAAUGGGGAGACAGAAAUGUCCCCAGAAGAAUCAUGGGAGCACAAAGAAGAAAUAAGUGAAGCAGAGCCAGGGGGUGGUUCCUUGGGAGAUGGAAGGCCCACAGAGGAAAGUGCCCAGGAAAUGAUGGAGGAGGAAGAGGAAAUACCAAAACCUAAAUCUGUGGUUGCACCGCCAGGUGCUCCUAAGAAAGAACACGUAAAUGUAGUAUUCAUUGGGCAUGUAGAUGCUGGCAAGUCAACCAUUGGAGGACAAAUAAUGUAUUUGACUGGAAUGGUUGACAAAAGGACACUUGAGAAAUAUGAAAGAGAAGCUAAAGAAAAAAACAGAGAAACUUGGUACUUAUCGUGGGCCUUAGACACAAAUCAGGAAGAACGAGACAAGGGUAAAACAGUAGAAGUGGGUCGUGCCUAUUUUGAAACAGAAAAGAAGCAUUUUACAAUUCUAGAUGCCCCUGGCCACAAGAGUUUUGUCCCAAAUAUGAUUGGUGGUGCUUCUCAAGCAGAUUUGGCUGUACUGGUAAUCUCUGCUAGGAAAGGAGAGUUUGAAACUGGAUUUGAAAAAGGAGGACAGACAAGAGAACAUGCAAUGUUGGCAAAGACAGCAGGUGUAAAACACUUAAUUGUGCUUAUUAAUAAGAUGGAUGAUCCAACAGUAAAUUGGAGCAAUGAGAGAUAUGAAGAAUGUAAAGAGAAACUAGUGCCAUUUUUGAAAAAAGUUGGCUUCAAUCCCAAAAAGGACAUUCACUUCAUGCCCUGCUCAGGACUGACUGGAGCAAAUCUUAAAGAGCAAUCAGAUUUCUGUCCUUGGUACAUUGGAUUACCAUUUAUUCCAUAUCUGGAUAAUUUGCCAAACUUCAAUAGAUCAGUUGAUGGACCAAUCAGGCUGCCAAUUGUGGAUAAGUACAAGGAUAUGGGCACUGUGGUCCUGGGAAAGCUAGAAUCAGGAUCUAUUUGUAAAGGUCAGCAGCUUGUUAUGAUGCCAAACAAGCACAACGUGGAAGUUCUUGGAAUCCUUUCCGAUGAUGUAGAAACUGAUUCUGUAGCCCCAGGUGAAAACCUCAAAAUCAGACUGAAAGGAAUUGAAGAGGAGGAGAUUCUUCCAGGGUUCAUACUUUGUGAUCCUAAUAAUCUUUGUCAUUCUGGUCGCACAUUUGAUGCCCAGAUAGUGAUUAUAGAGCACAAAUCCAUCAUCUGCCCAGGUUAUAAUGCGGUGCUGCAUAUCCAUACCUGUAUUGAAGAAGUCGAAAUAACAGCCUUAAUCUGCUUGGUAGACAAAAAAUCAGGAGAAAAAAGUAAGACUCGACCCCGUUUUGUGAAACAAGAUCAAGUAUGCAUUGCCCGCUUGAGAACAGCAGGAACCAUCUGCCUUGAGACCUUUAAAGACUUCCCUCAGAUGGGUCGUUUUACUUUAAGAGAUGAGGGUAAGACCAUUGCAAUUGGAAAAGUUCUGAAACUGGUUCCAGAGAAAGACUAAGCGUUUUCUUGAUGACCCUGCACAAUACUGUGAGGAAAACUGACUGCAAAAGCCUACUUCACACCGCCUACUCUUAUUUUCUGCCCAUUGACAAACCUCUCCCCAUGUUUUGCAAAGACAAAAAUCCACAGCAAAAGUCCACAUUAUGUCAGCUUUCUCAUAUUGAGAGCUCUGCUAUGCCACUGUUGAAUUUUUCCCAAGAUUUUUUUCUUCCCCUCUCAAACUCUGCUUCCUUGGACAGAUUUGGCAAUAGCUUUGUAAGUGAUGUGGACAUAAUUGCCUACAACAAUGAAAACCUACCAGGAAUUUUUUUAUUUUUCAUUUCCCCUUAGGCAUACUUAGUCUUUUUUUUCCCCCAGGCAGAUCAUUCUGAGUGUGCGAGUGUGUGUGCACAUGUUACAAAGACAACUACCAUGUUAAUAAAAUAUUCAAUUUGAAACCCUUUUUGGUAUUUGAAUUGCUUUUGAAUAAUGUUUUUUAUCUGGAUGUAACAUUGUUGCAUUAGCUUUUUAACUUUACCAAGUAAUUGAGUACAUUUUAUUACUUGGACUUUUCUAAACUUUCCUUAUCCACUACUUUAAAUGAGGCAUUUACAAACAAUGUUCAAGUUUGUAUUAAAAGAAUUAGUUUAACCCCAUUCUUUUGAUGGUUAAUGCAUACAUACAAUAUCUUUAUGCAACUGUGACACUGCUUUAUUAGGUCUACCAGUUUCUGCCAAUUUAUAUUUUAACAUGAUUUCUUAAACACAGUAAGUGGUUUUAAAAUACAAGAACAGCAUACUGUAGUUUUUAUAAAUAUAAAGCAUAGUAAAAUUGUACCCCUACAAAAAAUUCCAUUAACUUGUUAAUGGAAUUUACAAUAAAGACAGCAUGUUGAGACC